GACGUCGACCAAGUGACGGAGGCGGAAGUGGUGAUAGUGAAUCCUAGUGCUGUUGCGGAAAUGGAGGACACUGGUCAGGAUGGGAUCUCAUCCCCAGCAACCCCAGGAGCAAGCAAAUCAAAGCUGGACACAUUGCCUAAAGAAGAUCUCAUAAAAUUUGCAAAGAAGCAGAUGGUGGUUAUUCAGAAAGUUAAAGGAAGAUGCUCAGACCUGGAGAAAGAAAUAGAGACACUCAAGUCAAGACCUGCUGUAGAAGGAACUGACGAUGUUGUGCAGGCACUGACAGAAAAGUUGAACUCUGUUCUGUUGGAAAAGGCAGAAGCCCAACAGCAAUUAGUUGUCCUGAAGAAAGAAUUUGCCAAAGCAAAACACGAUGCAGAGAAUGCUGCUAAGAAAGCAACAGAGUUACAAGAACACUUGGAAGAAUCAAGAAACAGUUUUUCCAAACAAAUAGAAUCCCUAAAAUAUGAACUGACACAAAGUCAAUGCAAGCAGAAAGAAGAGGUGGACUUGCUGAAGGAAGAGCUGCAAAAUGCCCUUGAAAAGCAGAUUUCUCUCUCUGAUGCAUUACAUGAACAUGAAAGCCAAGGAGUUGAGAUUAAGGACCUGAAGGAACAGAUUCAGAAUACCCAGACUGCUUAUGAAGAGCAGAUAGCAAGUUUGCACAAAACUUUAGAAACUGUCACCAAAGAAAAAAAUCAGGAAAUUGGCAAGCUCAAGGAUGCUAACACCUCUUGUUCUGAAAAGUACAGUAACGAGGUCCAAAGUCUUCAUGCAGAACUUGUGAAACAGAGAGCACUACACCAGGAGGAAGUGACAAACCUCAUGAAUCAACUUGAGGCAGCAGCAACGCUAUAUGAGAGCGCGCAGCAGAAAAUGCAAGACUUGUGCAACCAACAUGUGGAAAAGGAAAAGAUGUUGAUGAAGGAAGUUGAAGCAACUAAGGAAAAAUAUGACCAGGAAAUUAGACUCUUCAAAGAAAAGCCAGAGGAAAACAGCAGCACUUGUGUUAAUGCACCAUCAGAAGGUGACAAAGUGGCACUUUUAGAAGGUAUUCUAAAUGGGUUGGAGUCUCAGCAUGCUAUUCUAAAAGAUGAGUUAACAUACACUAACAAUGUGAAGAUAAAACUGGAAAUGGAGGUACAACACUUAAAGAGUGAGUAUUUUCAUGAACGAGAGGAAUUGGAAUUCAAGAUAAAUGAACUCCAACUUGCUAUAGAAGAUUACAACAGUUUGAUAGAGAAGCUAAAGUCUCAGCUUCAGGUCACAGAAAAGGAUUAUGAGAGACUAAGGGCUCAGCACGAAGAAGGUAUUCACGCCAUGAGGGAACAACACAAGAAGGAAAUAGCAGAGAUGAAACAAGCAAUAACAUCUGUCUUUGAAAAUGAGAGAUUAGCAUUUGUGAAUGAAAUAAAGGUUCUCAAGGAACAAUGUGACAAACUUCAACAAGAGAAAGAGGAGGCAGUAAGUAAUUAUGAGUCCAUCCGGGAAACACUAGUUACCUUUCAGACAGAGCUUGGUGAAUCUGCUGGAAAGAUUAGCAAGGAGUUUAAAGCACUCAAAGCGCAACAGGCCACAGAUGUCCAUGAGCUUCAGCAGAAGUUGAGAACUGCAUACAAUAACAAGAAUGACUUAAUGGAAACUGUGAAUAGGCUACAGGCCGAAUCAGAGCUUUUAUUGGCCAAGCAAAGUGAAUGCGAAGAACUUCAGCUUAAAGUUAGUCACUUGCAACAGAAGAACGAAGAGGUUAUGACAUCACUCUACCAAAAGGAGGAAAUGCUAAAAGACAUGGAGAGUAAAGUGAGUCAAACUACUUUGCAAAACACUGAGAUUGAUUCUAGUAUUAAACUCUCAAGUGAGGAAAUCCAUAAACUACAAGAUACAUGCAAGAGUGAGCAGGAGAAGAACUUGGCCUUACAGCAGGAGGUAGAAAAACAGGCACAACACAACAUGCAGCUGAAACAAACAGUUGAUGAAUUGACAGAACAACUACAGGAGUAUGUGCGCAGCAAAGACCAGCGUCAAUGUGAAAUUGAAUGUCUUCAACAGAAAUUGGAGGUAUUGAUACUUGAGAAGGAAAAGAUGGUGCUUGAGUUACUGGAUGUGUGCAAAAUAGAGCAGGAACUAAAAGACCAAGCAAAACACAACGCACAGUUGAAACAAAAUGUAGAUGAAUUGACAGAACAAUUACAGGAGUAUGUGCGCAGCAAAGAACACAGUCAAUGUGAAAUUGAAAGCCUCCAACAGAAAUUGGAGGUAUUGACACUUGACAAAGAAAAGAUGGAGGUCAAGUCACAGAAUGACUUGACCUCCAUGAAGAGCGAGCAGGACAGGAAUUUGGCUUUGCAGCAAGAAGUUGAAAAUCAGGCAAAAUGUAAUGCGCUGUUGAAGCAAACCGUAAAUGAAUUGACAGAACAACUCCAGGAUUAUGUACACAACAAAGACCAGCAUCAACAUGAAAUUGAAAGACUUCAACAACAAUUGGAGGCAUUAAUACUUGACAAAGAACUCAUGGAAGCCAAAUCACAAAAGGGUCACGAUGAACUAUUAAGUCUUCAUGAAGAAAAGAAUACUUUGAGAGGAGAACUGGAUAAAGUCGUAGCUGAACAUGAGGGUUUAAGAGAGGAGCUUAAAGAAUUAAAAAAUAGAUGUCAGCUGCUUACAGAAGACAAAGAAGAAAUGACAAAAUUGCUUGAAAGUGAAAAGAGCCGUAUGGAAGCCAUGAAACUUCAGAUUCUUGUUCUCACUCAAACACUGUCAAUUGAGAUCACCGAACAAGAUCUAGUUCCUAUGCUUCAAGCCGUCAAUGCUGCGGUGCAUCAACUGAAUGAAACAAAACAACAACUGGUCUCGCAGGUAAAUGAGAAAUCGGUACAGCUUGAGGAGUCUGAGUCUCAAUGCACAGAAUUAAGAGACUUAUUAAGUGAUUAUUCUAAAGAAAAGGUACUGUUGAAGGAAGAGCUAGAGGAAACGCUUGCGGACAAAGAAGCUUUGCAGAGAGACUUGCUCGAAAUGAAAAAUGCUCUUGAAAGGGCAAAGCUUGAAAAUCAGGAUCUCCUUUUACACAUUGGAAAGAUUUCUGCUGACCUGGAGAACAUUGAGAAACAGAGCAAAACGGAAACCAUUUUGGAGUCUGGCCAUGAAGACCGAGAAAGCUCAGCAGAAAGGGAGUCCGGUAUUCAAACGCUCGAAGCAGAACUUGCCUCUGUUAAGGACUUACUUUCAAAAUCAAAAGAUUUGGAACUUCAGCAACAGUCAUGCAUAUCAGAACUUCAGAACAAAAUAGAAAUUAUGGAGAAAGAAUCUAAAGAAAAAGAAGAGAAAAGCAAUAAGAUCAAGGCAGUGGCUGUUAAAGCAAAGAAGGAGUUAGAUGCUAAUAAGAAGGAGGUUCAGUCAGCAAGAGAGGAGCUGGAAAAGCUGAAGGCAGAAAGAGACCAGAUGACGUCUGCCAUGAACGAUCUUGUGAAAGCAGCUGAGGGGUAUCAGAAUCUCUUGCGGGAAUAUGACAGGCAAGCAGAGCAGCUGGAAACCGAGAAGGGGCGAGCAGACAAUGCAGAGCAUCAAGUGGAGGGCCUGUGCCGACAGCUUUCUGCAGCCUCUCUUGAGCAAGAAAGGCUUACAUCUGUAAAUGAAGACUUCACAGCUCGUGUGGAAACCUUGCAGUCUAAUACAAAGAUGCUAGAAGCACAGAUUUUAGAGAUGCAGCGAGCCAAGGCUGCAGUGGAUAAAGAACUGGAAGCUGAACGAUUGGUGAAGGAGCAAAAGAUAAAGGAUCACUGUGGUGCACUAAAACAAAUUGAGGAUCUUCAGACUCAGCUUCAGAAAGAAAAGAAACUGCUUCAGAAAACCAUGCAGGAGCUGGAGCUCGUCAGAAAGGACGCUCAGCAGAGCACCUUGAUGAAUAUGGAGAUAGAAGAUUAUGAACGCUUGGUUAAAGACCUCAACCAAAAGAUUGCCAAUAAGAGUAGUCAACUGGAGGACUUGGAGCAGGAGGUUCAUAUACAGAAACAGAAACAGACCACGCUACAAGAAGAAAUAUCUUCACUGCAGACAAUUCUGCAGCAGCAUGAGGAGCGCAACACAAAGAUGAAGCAGUUAUUGGUGAAAACCAAAAAGGAGCUUGCAGAUUCAAAACAAGCUGAGUCUGACCAGCUCAUUAUCCAAGCAUCGCUGAAGGGGGAACUGGAAGCAAGUCAGCAGCAAGUGGAAGCUUAUAAGAUUCAGGUGGCAGAACUGAUGUCUGAAAAGCACAAAGUACAGGAGCAGCUGAGGGCCUUGUCUGAGCAGCAUCAACGUGCCACCAACACCUACCAGCAAAAGCUGUCUGCCCUUCAGGAGGAAUGCACAGCUGCCAAGGCAGAACAAGCCACGGUGACUGCUGAAUUUGAAAGCUACAAAGUACGCGUCCAUAAUGUCUUAAAGCAGCAGAAGAACAAAUCUGCAUCGCAGGCUGAACAGGAAGUCUUCAAACAAGAGCGAGAGCAUCUGCAGUCAAUGUUGGACCAAAUAAAAGUCAAACUCCAAGAAACUCAACACACUCUUCAGAUUAACACAGUUGAGCUGCAGGCAUUGCAGUCAGAACACGAUGUCCUCCUUGAGAGACACAAUAAGAUGCUGCAAGAGACUGUUACAAAGGAGGCAGAGCUACGAGAAAAGUUAUCCGCAGCACAGUCGGAGAAUAUGGUUUUGAAAACCGAGCAUGCGCAGACUGUCAGCCAGCUUUCUUCUCAAAUUGAAACUCAGAGGAGCAACUUCAGGGACCAAGUAAGACACAUGCAAGAGGACCAUAGGAGGACUGUGGAGACCCUACAGCAGCAGUUGUCUAAAGUGGAAGCACAACUCUUUCAAAUUAAGAGUGAAUCCACGGUGGCAAAUCCAACAGGUUCCCAGCAGUCAAAGGGCCUACGGGAAAGGAGAACAAAUGACCUUCCUCUGCAGGAUUUGUACUCUUUGGCCAGAGAAGAGGGUGAAGGAAUGGAGACAACAGAUACUGAAUCAGUGUCUUCAGCUAGUACCCAUGUAGCAUCACUAGAACAGCUUCUCAAUUCCUCUGAAGCACGACCUGAUAAAGUUAUAGAGACUCCCUUGUGGCAACCCGAAUUUUCUAAGGAGGAAUUGGCUCAGAUGCUCAAUACUACAUCAAAGAGCGUGGACCAUUUGAGUGGGCUUCUUCACGAGACUGAAGCAACUAAUGCCAUCCUUAUGGAACAAAUUACACUUCUUAAGAAUGAAAUUAGACGCCUGGAAAGGAAUCAAGAGAGAGAGAAAUCUGUGGCAAACCUAGAAUACUUGAAGAACGUGUUGCUGCAGUUCAUAUUUCUGAAGGCAGGUAGUGAGAGACAGCGGCUUCUUCCGGUCAUCGACACCAUGCUGCAGCUGAGUCCAGAGGAAAAGGGGAAACUUUUUGCCAUAGCUCAAGGUGAAGAAGAGUCUGCCGCGCGACCCGCUGGUUGGGCUUCCUAUCUGCACAGCUGGUCAGGACUCCGGUAGUUCAAAGGAUGUGAACCGAUGUACAAGACAUUCCAGGAUUGCACUAUGAAGAGAAUUAUUUUCUUCAUUUUUGUUUGUACCAUAUGUUGUAAACAUAUUUUCUCCUAUUUUGUGUGUUAAAAACUGUUGUCUUUAAUAUGGUUUGAGUUAACUCUGUCACAUGAAAGAUGUUUGUUUCAGAGUGCCUAUAAAACUGUGAAUAGAAACUUCUAUAUAA